CGCGACGGUGGCGCGAGGACGGCAUUUCGCAUAUUCCGACGGCCGCGACAGAGCAAUUGCAGGAGUGACCGCAAUGCGCGCAAGAACAAGGAGUGUGGCGAGCAUGCACGAAUACUUUGAAGAGGAGGACGACACACGGUCGAGUGGCGCGAGCUCCGGCCGGUCGAGCUCGUUCUCGUACAGGAUGAGCAUGGGCGGCCUCGACGACUGGGACUUCUCCGAAACCCGCGUCCGCCGUUGCAGUCAUAGCAAACGCAUUAGUUUCGACGACGACGUCAAGGUCGAGACGAUUCCGUCCCUCUCGAGCAUCGACGAAGCGACCAAGAAGAAUCUGUGGUACUCGGCCGACGACUUUGCCAAGAUGCAGCAACAGCAGCGCGCCGGCGACGCCCUCGGGUAGACGACAACGUCCCUCCCCUCCUCUCCAUAGUGUGCUAGGUUCCUUCCUAUUUAUUCCAAUCACGAGCAAAGUUUUGUUGCCUUCGAGGUCCCGCCGACAACGUCCUCCGCCGUUCUUGCGCCAUGCAUUCUAUCCAUGGCGCGGACAGCGAGCGGUCCUCGUUGGAUUGCCGACGCAUCUCCACGGCGGCCUCGUCGGCGCACAAUGCUACCUUUGCGCGAAGCAGCCCGCCCGACUCGACCUUGAUUGUACAUUUUUCUUCUCUACCAUCUAGUCUACAUGAUGCUUCAAUCGUG